AUGGCGCCACCCGGAAUCGAACCGGGGCUAACACAGAAGAGGUUCAUAACCAGGGACCUGGCGAUAACCACAAUAAACCUGGUGAUAACCACAAUGUGUCGUCAUACCACUAGACCAUGGCACCGUAUUGAUAUCAAGGGCAAAAGAGCAAAAGAGCAAAAAGAUGGCGCCACCCGGAAUCGAACCGGGGCUAACACAGAAAAUGUUCACAACCAUACAAAUGAUUAUAACCACAAUGUGUCGUCAUACCACUAG